UGUAUAAUUAUUGUGCUAUAGUUUUUCUGUGGUAGUUUUAAUAAUUGUAUCAUCUUAACCUGAGGUUCUGUUGCAGUAGGUGUGAUAGUGAAGGAAGAAAAUGUGAAUUUCCAUGACAUUUUUAUUUUCUAUUACUAUGAGAUAGAAUUUCCUAUUAAUGUGAUAUUUAUUGGCUAAAAGAACUACAGAAUUUGACAAAGCACAAAAUUUAAACUUAGUAUUUUGUUUAAGCAUUUCUAAUGCAAGUAGAAAAAAUUAAUUAGAUUAAUAUAUGUAUAUUAUUUUCUUGUGUGAUCCAUUGUUUUACUAUUUUAGUUAAAAUUCUUGUGUUGCAAUUACACAUUUUUUUUCUAUGAUUUAGAAUAUAUUUCUUUGUCCACUUCCAUGUAACAUAUUGAUUUCCAAAAAUCAGUGUUACAGAAAAAGUGGCGUACUAAAAAUGUUUGUUGUUGAUGCAGAUUUUUUCUAAGGAUUCUGUGCCUUAUUUGUACCUCUUAACUCUUUAGUAUCUUCAUAAUACUUUCAUCAGUGAAAGAUGCUCUUAAGCAAAUAAAGUUUUUGUACAUUAUAAAAAAUAAGUAUACAGUCAGAGAUAUAACAAAUGGUAGGAUUUUAUAUUAAAUUUUGAAAAUGCUCACCUUUGUGAGCAUCUUCAGGUAUGAACAAGUGCAUCCUAAAGUCUGAUUUCAAAAAACAUCCUUCAUGACAUCUCUUUUGAGAUUGCGUCCUUUUAAUGUAGCCCAUGUUUGUUAGAGAUCUUUGUUCCCAAACAGCUUCUGGAAGGAUAGAAAUAAACCAUUACCAUACCUCUCUGAAAAUUGACUUAGAUAAUUUCUCAAUUAUUGUCAUAUUGGUUAUGCUAGGCUAAGAGGGUUUUUUUGAGUUUUUUUUAUUUCUAUUAGUCUUACCUCCCAUUUUCAUUUAAAAACAUCUUGUUCACUAAAGUACUUGCAGUAUUUACAUACCAUUACAGUAGGAAUGGUAGUGAAGAUCAGGUAAAUAUGCUGUUAUGGACCACUGCAUAAUACAAUUUCAUGUUAGAGUUUUCCAGCUGUUGUCAUGAGUGAAAUGUAGAUACUUAUAGAUUAAUUUAUGUCAUAACAUAGUUAAUUACACAGAUAAUUAAGUUUCAUGUGUCCAUGGUCUUGUAUAUCUGGGAAAAAAAAAUCAGCAUUUUUAGCUUAACUGUUGUCACCUCUUCAACUACCAAUUAAAAGUGAUUUUGUUGUGAUUGUGCAGAGAUAUCCUGAGAGUUAGGAAGAUUAUUCUCAAAAUGAACCUUUAGAAUGAAUGCUUUUCUACUAUUUUUUGUUUUAAUGUGUGAAAAAUGUAUGCUGCUUGUUGAGAAAACAUCUGACUAUGGGAAGGGAAUCCAGCUGUUCAUUCUUUUAAGUGGUACUUUAUAGCCACUUAACAUUUUAUGUUACAUUUUACAUUAACAUCAUCACAGUGGAAGUUGUUUGUGUGUCUUGAAGGAGACUGAUUGUCACUGUCUUACCUAUCUAGUCCUACAAAUUAGAAGGAACUUUUACUGUAAGUUUUGUGAGAUCCAAAUGAAUUUGGAAUUUGGAUUAGGAUGUGAUAUACAGCAAUGCAGGUCAGGAAAAAUUUCUGCUGAAUUGACACUUAAGCUAGCUUUAACCUUAUUUUCACAGGGAAAAACAGGAAGUAGCUCUGUAGUUACUAGGUGCUAUUUUGCUCCUGUAGUAUGUCAGUUUCAGAAAUUGAAAGAGUUUAAAAUAAGAUGGACAGCAGCUGAUGUGACUUUUAAAUUAAAAAGAGUCCUUUAUUGCUAAUAUAUUAGAGGUAGCAUAGAAUGAAAUAAUUUUCAAAUUACCAUUGAUCUUUGUAAGUGGUAUGAUAAGAGCAUAAGUUCUAUGUGAUACAGUGAUACAAUAGAAAUACAAUAUUUUUCAUCAGAUAGAUUUAUACUUCUAUUAGACCACAGAGAAUGAACACAAUAGUAUACAUCAUAUAUAUAUAUAUAUAUAUAUUUAAAAAUAAAACAUUGAGUAAAAAAUUAUGAGGCAAGUCUGUAUAAAUCAUUCAACUGCUCAUUUAUUACCUUCUUUUAUAAAAUUGUGUGACGUGACAAAUCAGAUAUGGUUUUUGGCUGUUGAAUUACCUUCAGUAUUUUUGUACUGUACCAAUUCUAUUUGAUGCUGCAACAACAAAAAAAAAGGCCAUCUAUGUGCAGUUGUGUUAUAUGCAAAUUUUAAUGUAGUAAGUGAUUCAUUCAUUCACUGUUAUGUAACAGAACUCUUAUUACACUUGAAUGUUAAUUUUAUUUUUACAGCAGUUUAUAGAAGCAGGUGAAUAUGAAACCUCAAAACAAUCAUUGGUGGCCUGUUUUGGUACUUUUUAAACUGUUUGUCCAUUGAUGAAGCCACUUAAGAAGCAUUCUCUCCAGAUGAUUAGGUUAUUUGUAAAAACUAUCAUUAACUUAAUAAAUAAGAGCACCCAAGAGCACCUACAUGGAGAUUGUCUCUCUGCAGUGCAGCAUAGAAAAGUGUCUUAAGGACCUGCAAUCAGACAUAAAUGAAAUAUGUACUGAUGAAGUACUACAAAGCACAACUGACUGCAUUCAGUGGCUAAAUAACUGCAAUUUUAGUUCUCUCAGACCUUCUUCUACAGACCAUAGAGAGCUGCUGGAGUUCCUAAAGACCCUGCAAAGCUUGUUGAAGAAUGAGAAGAAUCAAGAAGAAAUGGUACUUCACUUCCUUCUGGAUCUCUCUAGUCAGUGUGGUGUCUCAUUUCCCUGUACUGCAAGCGGGAUGUCUUUCGAGUUAACGUCAUCAGUUCAUACCAUUCAGGAUGACUCAGCUGUGGAUGUGAAAUCUCUUUGGGAUGAUGUGAGAUUGCAUCUUCGACAAUUUUUAGUAAAUAGACUGCAAAGUCAAGAAGAAACAAGCACUAAUGCUUUACAACAACAAAUGGAGUUUAAAACUCAGUGUGUACAGCAGCUUUUGUUUCUUUAUCCCAAAUCAGAAGUCUUAAUGAGGUAUCAAAAUAUGCAGAAUAAACUGGUUAGUGAUCUUCUGCAAAACUGUAUUUUGUCUAGUUGCGGUGAGACAAAUUUUGAUAAGGUAGUUCAUGGUUACCAAAGUUCCAUACCCAGAUUGUGCACAAUGAUAAAAGAGGAUUUGUAUAUUCUAAGUGGAACUAUUGGUCCAUCUUUGUCAUUAAAGUUUAUUAAUGAAACUUACCUGGAUACCAUCACUGAAGAAAUGACAGUUCUUCUUGAAAGACUUUGUGAGCUGCAGUUCAAAGAAAAUGCUCUGCACAUAGUUAAAGCAAACAAGAUUUCAAAGAAGCAUAGAGGAAGAGUACACGCUGUGGCCUCCCAGGAGUACCACAGGAAAGGACGAAACUUCUGCUUAACCUUAUAUCAACUCAAAUGUCUUUCUCAACUUAUCAAACUCUUCUUAUUAAUGGAGGAAAAAAUUGAAGAGCUCUCUACAGAAAUUCUGCUGCUGCCUUCAUUUACAGAGAGGAAUAAGAAUGUUCAAGGAGUUCUGAAGAGAGCUAGUGGGGAGCUUUUAAUAGGAGAAACUAGUGCAAAUGAAACCAGCGUGCUUCCUGAACAGUUACUUCAGGUAGAAGAGCCUAUUUUACUGAGUUUUGGCUGGAGAAAUGCAUUUAAAGACCUGUCUUCUUCUGUGGCUCACUGUAUAACAAUAGCAAUUGAGGAUUUUUCAUCUAAAAUUCUUCAACAUGAGCAGAAAGAAGAGUUUUCAGCUGCAGGCUGUACAAUGAGUCUUGUAAACAACCAGCAAAUGAAGGAGUCCUGCAGAGCAGUCCAACAGGAGGAGCAACCAAAACAAAUUGCUAAGUUUUGUUCUGACAUCAUGGAAGAACUUGACACAUUGCUUCCAUUGGCUCUGGCCUGCCGAGAUGAUUCUCUUCAGGAAAUUAGAGCAAACUUUGUAGAGGCCUGCAGCAAAGUGGCAACAGAUGUUCUAGCAAGACUAGAGGAGAAGAGCAGAGACGUUCCCUUGAAGGCUCCCCUGCAAGACCUGUGUGGUGCCCUUUCCACGGCGAUAUAUGUCUUUCAGCAUUUUACAAUGUAUAGAAGUUUAAUGAGAGAAACAAGCAAAAAACCCCUGUUCCUCAUGCCUAUCCAAAAAUGUCAGAAAUUCAUCAACAUUCUCCAGUUUCAAGUUACGAACUACUGCAUCAGAGUUUGUGCUACAAGCAUUUUACAGGAUGCUGAGAGCCACUGCUGGGAUGACUGCAAAGCUUUUUACGAGGGGGAAAGAUGCUCAUUCUCUGUCCAGAUGUGGCAUUACUUCUGUUGUGCUCUUCAUCAUGAUCUAUGGACUAUUCUACCUCCAAAGACAGCCCAGGAGAUUCUUACAGAUGUACUAGAGCAAUCUUUGGAUAUUCUGUCCUCCAGAUAUUGUCAGGUGUGUCCCAGUUACAAAAGAACACCACAAAUCAGAAUUGAUAUUGCAGCAAUUUUGAUGUCCACUGAAGAUAUGAUCUGGUCAAUUUGUAGUUCUGUGCAGGAGUUUCUGAAUCCAGACAAAGACAGAAAUCUCAAGAUCUAUAAAAUACAUAGCCACUGCAAUAGUCUGAUCUCUGUGCUGGCUAUUUUAACUUCGCCACUGAAGAAUUUGUAUGAGACAUUUCUGGAUAAUUCUGAUGAACAUCUUCCUCAAGAUUUUUCAGAAGUCUUUUAUCAUCCAUUACACUGGUUAUUUUGCAUACCGUCAUCCUGUCUUUUCUUUCUGAAGACUCCAUCAGCCAGAGAAAUGGCAGCCCAAGGUCUUCUGAAGCUGCUUUUAUCCCAGCCAUACUGUAAUUUGAACUUGCUUUUGGAAACUUUGUUACACCAUGAUUGUCUCUUAGUGAAAAUUUUGCUGAGAAGCUCAAGUAAUCAAGCAUUAAAUUGUGAUGAACAAAGUUCUCUCUUGGGACAGGAAAAUAACAAAAGCCCUACUCUGAUUGAAACAAUCUUCACAGUAUUGUCUUACUGCACUUUGUCGCCGAAAUCUCUUGGCAUUGCUUUUGAGUCCUACAUGGAAAAAGAGCUGCUGUGGAACUGCUUAUACAAUAUGACAGUUUCCAGUUGUGGAGAGUCAGAGCCAGAAGUUAUCAGAUGCUUGAAGUUGACUUUGAUUAAUUCAGUGAAGGGUAUAGUGAAACAGAUAAUUUCUUUGAUGCAUUCGUGGGAGGCGACAGAAAACUAUGGAACAUACCAACACAAGCAAAUAGUUCCUGAAGGUUUACUUAAAACUGUUCCAAAGGAAUGGAAUUACACUCCUCGGGAAAUGAAGAGAAAAGAAUCUGGGAAAUGCUUCACAAGGCUUGCAGCUCAAGCAGUAUCUAUUGUAAUCAGCAAGUUACCUACAGUGAUUGCAUGUUUGCCUCCCCCAAUUAAAUACUUCUUUUUUCUGGCUGAGAGAAAAAUGUCAAGAAACUUUGCUGAAUUGAAGAAAGCUGGUCUGCUUGUCUGGAACUUGAUUGUAAUUAUAUGUCGGAUAUUUGAGGAUGGAAAUACUGCAGAAUUUUUAACAGGUGCAACACUUGACAGAUGGAGCAAAGAAAAACUCAGUUUAGUUCGUGUGUGCUUAGAAAGUAUUAUGGGAAAACAGAAAAGUGGUCCUAAGCAAGUGACCCAGAAGAUCAUACAAAGCAUUGAGCAGCAAAGACCAAACUGGAUUGAAAGCCAGUUGCUAAAGGCAAGAAAAUUGAGCAUAGACUGUGCCUCAGUCACAGGUAAAGGUGCAACAUUAGAGGAAGGAGGUAUUGCACUUGGAUUCACUGAGCAUAAUAUAAACAUGAUGGUCCUGGAUAUCUGCCACAAACCAGGUGGUAGUGAGUACCUGAGGCAAAUUUAUCACAUCAUCCGACUCAAUGAGGAAUAUUUGAAAGAGCAGCUGUCUUGUGAGAAUUCUUCUGAAGAUGGUGUUACCUCGAGUCAAUGUCUGCCUUUGAUGCUGAAAGGCAGAGAAGAGCAACCUGUCUUCAACCCUUUCCAGGUGUACAGACAAUCUUAUGCGAAAGUAUUCAAUCAGUCAUCCAUUACUGAAUGGAACUGGGAUUGGUCGAGCUUGCUGCCAGGUUACUUGGGACUGAAUCAGAUGGCCUUCAGGGUGCUGCUGACACACAGGUGGGAGAUGAAAGAAGAUGCAGAUCUUGAUGAUGAGGAGGACAUUAUGGUGGAACACUUAAAAAAUGUUUAUUUGACACAGAGUCCUGUCUCAGAGGAUAAAGAAGAACAAUUACCUUGAUAGAUUUCGAGUAGCACCUUUCUUCUGGAUUCAACAAGACUAAUUUAAUGCCAUAACUCACAGUACUAGAAAGCUCAGAAAUAUAUAUAUUGAGUAAGAGUUCUAAACUAAGGAGUGUUCCCUUGCUAUUGUCUGGUCACCCAAUCCAGGAAGCAAUUGUUCACACAUGCAUAAGGGGAGGAACAGUACAGGAAAAUGUCAGUGUCACAAAACAAGGUGGUUGUAUCUCAGUACUGCAGAGGCUGAAUGACAAAGAAUUGUUUCAAAAAUAUAAGACUCAGUCUAAUAAUAAUGCAAUUCUGGACCCAGGCUAAGCAAAUGUCUCUGAUUUCCAUCCACCACUUUGGAGCUGGAGUCAGCCUGUCCCCAGUUCAUGUCACUCAAGAACCUGUUCCCUCCUUUGGUGCUUGUUUACUAAAUCACCCAAAAAACAUGAAAAGGAAAAGGUAUAGACCAUAUAGCUACCAUCUUUUUUGAGUUGCUCCAGGAUGAGUAGACUUGGCCAUUAUUCCAAAUCAAAAAUGCAUCAGCAUUAUUGCCUUCACAAAUCCUUACUUAACAUCCAGGCUUUAAAAACACAGAGAAAUUUUAGAAGUUUUGAGAAGCAUCUUUUUAUUUAAAGGAAUUAUUUGCGGGCAGUGCUCACAGAAUUAUCUUAAAAGUGAAUUGAGAAAAAAUUAAAUAAUUUAAUUUUUAAAAUAAGUAUAGUAAAAUUUCAUAUUCAAAGUAAUGCUGGUUUGAUAUUCAAAUUUUUCUGAAUAUUAUAUAUUUUUCUGAAUAAUAAAUAUUUUUCUUACACACUGGUUAAAACUAUCAACAUUUUUUAUACAGAAGGUCUGGUUAGUAUCUCUUUAGCUCUACAAAAAUAAUACAUAUUUUUUCUGUAAGCUUCUUUCUUUAGAAGUCCAGUUUAUCUACUUUUUCUGCCCAAUGAAGGGCUCUGGCAGGAUCUUGCUUAGGGUGCAAUCUGAGUAAAGUUAUUUGUGUUCCCAGCACAUCUUCACACAGAUGCUAUUAUGGACAUAACUUAGACAACUUCAAUAGGAUGAAGGCAUGCUUUUUUCUCCUAAAGGCUCCAGCAGCAUCAUGGGUAACUAUAUAUACUAAUGCUGAUUUAGGGUCUUGUCUGAAAUGCAGGUUUUUCUCCUCUUAAUUGCUCUCUUUUCUUUUCAUAUAAAGCAUCAGACCAUUUAAAAUUAAAAUGUGGACAAUUGCAUCUUACAAAUUUCCAAAGAUCUUGUUACAACACUGCAACACAAAAGGCCUGUGAGGCACUGUAACUUAGAAAAUGCUAGAAACAUAAUUUAAAAAAUGUAGUAGACAUUUUCUUCUGCUGCCAGUGUAGUAAUUUAAGAUUGUAAAGGAAGUGAUGAAGUGUGAAAAUCGUUUAUCGUUGCUUUGUAUUUCACCUUUGAAGAGUAGUAGUGGACUUCAGGUUUAAAACAUGUCUACAGAGAUCUUCCAUGACAGUAGGUUUGGUAUUUUGACAAAUGAGGCACACAUAUUCCAAGCCAUACAAAUAAUGUGUUAGUGUACAUGGCAACUGACAUUCAGAAUAUUCUCUCCUAUUUUAUCAAAAUCUAUUGUAAAUAAUUAACUUUUUGUAUAAUCACAUAAAGUGCUUAUGUGGUGAAUCUGAUUGAAAUACUUCUUGUGAAAAUGCUCCCCUUCUGGGAAAUACCUACUCUAUACCAACAAAUUACCUACCUAUAUCCAACAAUUUUAUGAAGAGCAUAAACAUUGCAAGUGAAUGAGCUAAUUGAGAAUAAAACCUGUCGCUUACACUUAAGUGAGAAUAUCCAUACAGUCACUUCCCUGGUACUGUAGGCCACACUAUUUCAGAUGAAGGCCAAGAUACCAUUGGCCUUCUCAGCUAUUUGGGCAGACUUCGGCUCAUGUUCAGCUGGUUGCUGACCAGCAACUUUUCUACUGUGCUUUCUAGUCUAUGUGCUGUGCCCACACCUGUGGCAUUGAUUUCGGUCGUUGUGACCCAAGUACAGGUGUUGAUCCUCAUUCCACUGGCCUCAGCCCACUGAUCCAGCUUAUCCAGAUCCAUUGUAAAGCCUUCCAACUCUCUUACCUCUUGCUUAAUUUGGUGUCAUCUAUAAAUUGACUGAGGAUGCCCUGGUUGAAAUAAUUGAUAAAGAUAUUAAGCAGUAUUUUCUCCAAUACUGAGCCUUGGGGAAUCCCAGUUAUGACUGGCCAAUAACUAACGUGUAAGAACAUAACAGCAUAAAAGCUGAACCUUUGCACAGUAUUUUAUUUGUAUGUUUUUCCUAUCCAAACCUAUACGUGCAUCUCUUAUGGUAUCUGAGUGCAAGCAAAUGAGUAUUUUAAAUUGUACUUGACCCACAAUACUUACCAAGAAAUAUUGGGGCUUGGUCUUGCAGGCAAUGUAACCAUUCCAGAUAACCUUUAGGGUAUUAAAGGGACAUCAUCUUGGCAAUAUUACUUAAUGCUGAAUAUACACUUCUACAACAUUCAUAUUUAUUCAAUAAAAUUACAGUAAUAAUUAGAAUUGUACAAUUAAGCUUGCUAAGUAACAUGCCAUUAGUUUAUCAAGACUGCUUGCUUUUAAUUGAAAAUUGAAAGAGCUGACCUUUUUUCCAUUGUAUAGAUGUAUUCUAUAGAUGUUUUUGUGUAAAAUUAAGAAUACUUUUAUAGCUGUAAGACUGCUGCUCUCUUUGGCUUUUCUUCAUAAAACAAUAGUUCUAUAUUCUUUAAAAAGUUCUUCUGAUUCUAAUAUUGAUUUAAGAUUAAAUUAUUUUUUAAGAAUGAUGCAAUGUCCUGGCUCUUUGACACUACUUAUUGAUCCAGGAAUGUCUCACAUGUAUGUUUAGCCUAAAUAAAUGCAAGCAACAGAA